AUGGCCCAGAAGUGGCUCUGCAGUACUGGGAGAUACAUGGAUGGGCAUCCGGAGCAUUUGGUCACAUGGGCAGCUGAUUUCCUUGUACCCAUCGUUGAUAUCGUUCUAGCAUUGAUCCUUGAUGCUUCGCUGCGACUCGUUCCAGGUGAAGAAAAUGCAUGUGAUUGGAGAGACGAGGAGGGAAAAAAAAGUUUGUCAAAAAACAAGGCAAUCAAUUCUCGGCAUCGGUAUUACACGCAACUCUUCGGAGGAGCCGCCUCCCUUGCAGCUGAGCCUCGUCACCAAUCGCGGUACAUGCAUUCUUUGGAUUUUCCAAACCUUGAAACGUUCCAUCCCGGCAAUUACUCGUAUCCGGCACUCAGCUGCUGCCGAUGUAAGGAUUCUUCUCCUAACAAUUCCAUCCAUCGCGCCUCAAUCAAGCUUUUAGAUCAAUUUAUCACUUGGAUGUACCGACUGGUGCCACACCACCGCCAGAUGCACGCAAAAACCGCUUGCGGCUACUGCAACGAGCCAAAAAGAAGGUCAGCUGCACGCACAACAUUUGCAUCGACAGGGAUCGUCAAGCGCUGGCCCAGUCCGAAGGCCCCGUUUCAGUAUGUGGCGCAUCUCGCCCGCAUUGCUCUGCCACCGACUCCAUCCGCAACAGCCCGCCAGAACGCUGCCAGAAGUCCUGGAGAGGCCUGA